AUGUUCUCUUUGCAUUUUGAUGAUGGCGAGAUUGACACACUUUCAUCGAAUGAGAAUCUCAUCAGCGACGAUGUCGAGCUUGUCUCAAAUCGAAUUGAGAAUGGCGGACACACAGAGAACCCGGAAUUAUUAUCUUUGAAAGGAUCUUCAGAAGAAGAUGAAGAUGAUGAAGAUCAAUCCGCUUUUUCAAAUGACGAAAACGAAACUGCCACUGUUGAGUGGACCGAUUCGAUAAUUGCCAGUGUGCUAAGAAAUCCUGAACUUUAUCCAAGAAUGCGGUAUUUUAAACAACUGGCUGAUUCAAAAGAUAUCACAUGUGAUGGAUAUUUUCCCGGUUUAUCGCUUUGUUGGAAGCACUUUAAAAUUGGCGAUCAGUUUGAUGUCGAAAAUGAGCAUUUGGUUAUCACUGAUCGUUUAGGAGAUGGGUCAUUUGGAACCGUUUACAAAGUUCAUAAUGUGGCGAACGAUACUUAUUUAGCUGCCAAGAUGUUCCGCAUUUUCGACUUUGAAAAUUUCGCUUCCGAAUACACUAAGUUGAAAGCACUGAAUGUCUAUGCUCAGAGAAACAGUGUUGCGACCAUUGUAAAAGUCUUGGGAUGUUUCGAGAUUGAAAAGCAUUGGUUCAUCAGCAUGGAGCUACUUCCACAGUCUUAUACGAUUAUUCGAGAGAAAUGGAAUCAGCUGGACGUGAAUAUCAUUCGCCGUCUCUUAUUUCAACUGAUCAGCGGAAUUGUUUUCUUCUCGUCCCGGCCAUUCUAUUUGGUACAUGCUGACUUGAAACCGGAAAAUCUCAUGCUGAGAGGCACUGAUUGGAACAACUUCCAAGUAGUCAUUGUUGACUUUGGUAUGUCGAAAAGGUCGGGAAAAUUCCGAGACGACAACGUGCAAACGAUGGGAUACUGUGCUCCUGAAGUACUGUUUCAUGAGAAGAUUGGCAGACCGAUUGACAUGUUCAGUUUCGGAAUUGUGGCUUUGGAGACAUAUUGUGGAGGCAACGUUUUUGCCGGUAUGACAGAUCCCGACUGCCUUGUUUUUAUGGAGCACAUUCUCGGCAAAUUUGAAUACUUCCGCAAACGCACCAUAGAUCAAUCAUUCGUACGACUUCUAGAUGAAAAAGCAGAGCAAAUUCCGCCGAGCAUGACAUUGAGAGAUAUUUUCAAAAUCUAUGUGCCAGAAGAUGAAGCCGCACGAGAAGCUGAAGAACUUUUAUUGGAUUUGAUUGAGAAAUCGUUGAAGGCGUCUCCGGCGCAGCGGCUUACAGCCAAGGAUGCCUACCAACACGAAUUUUUUGCACCAUUGAAACAUUAA